AUGGCGCAGACUGCAGCUCCAUACAAAAUAGCAAAAUACAGACAGCUUUUGAAGACAGUUAACCUGUUAGAAACCACAGUGAAAGAUAAGGAUGUUGAAUUGCUGCAUACACCAGAAAACCCUGCGGAUGGAUGCCUGUUCACAGCUGUGACCUGCUUCCAGAAAGGCAUACUGAAAUUACAACCAGAAAACAGCCAAGUAAAUUCUACAUUCACCCUAACUGUUAAAGUCUUGAAAAGAUUCACCUUGAUCAACACUAGAAAGCAGUGUGAGUCUUCAUGUGAAUCUUAUGAGAAAAAAACCCCCAAAGAGUUUUUGAAGAGCUUGGCAAAACUGAUCAAAAAGUUAAUCAAGGACUAA